CCGCAGGAGUUGUUUUUCGGAGAGCUGCUGGUUGUGGGCGGUGAAUUCCUGGCCACUCAUGGCGAACGAGCGGCUCCGAGCUCUGGAGGAUGUGGAGAAGGAGAUAGCGACGGUCAUGCAGUGUGCCGGUAAUAUAGUUCUUGAACUCUCCAAAGACAAACACAACGCCAGCCUCCUGGACAGACAGCUGGUCCAGUUCCAGGCCUCCGUCAACCGGGUGGAGAACGAACUGAGCGGCCAGAUCCGCUACCUCACCCAGGUAGCUACUGGUCAACCUCACGAAGGCUCCACUUACUCAGCCAGGAAGGACUGUCAGAUGGCACUGAACCGAGCCGAGUACGCCAAAGUCAAACUGGGAGAACUGGGACGGACCUGCGAAGUCAUGCUGGAGCAGCAGCAGCAGCAGCAGCAGCAGCAGCCAUGAGAGCUGAGAAGGGCUCACAGCGGCAUUUCACCACUGGAUCCACCACUGCAAAGAAACUCCCGCACGCGGUCUAACUUGCAAGAAAACAAAUCAAGUUUAACCCUCUGAGGAAAAAAAAGACGCACCGGCGAGUCACCGCGAUGUUUGACAACACUCCUACUCAAAAAGGGAUAUUACAAAACGUUGUUUAAAUCAUUUAUUCACUAUUUUGUUCAUAUAUUACGCUACUUUUGUGAACCCAAGACUUUUGUGAACUUAUUUCCACGCACCAAAACAAUUGAGUGUAGGUAUGUUUUCCCAAGAGAUUUGAGAAAUAACAGCGUGCGCGUUUUCGUUUUGGCGCCCAUGUUAUCCAAUCUGUCCGGCCACACCGGGCUGCAGCGAUCGUUUCGGCGUCACCUAUUUCUUAUGCGAGCGACUGUGUCAGGGCCAAAUGAUCUCUUUAUCCCUUUUGACCCAUCCCGGGUCAAAACUGAAAUUUGUCACUUUUUCUGAUGUUUUUGGCCCCUCCCCGGUUUACACUUCUUUUUACUGCCAUGUAUGAGCACCACUAACAUCAAGUUAUUACUAGUUUAACACUCAUUUUUGGAAUUCAUUGUCAAUAUUAUUUAUAGGACAUUAUACCUGUUCCUGGAGGUAAAAAAAGCAGAAAUUAGGAAUUAUUCAGACUAAUAAUAAAGGGAGGAUAAUCCCAGAAGGGUAUAUGUCAACGGUCAGUCAGAGGGAUAGUGUUUCGAAGCAUUUAGAUUUCUUUUUUUUUAUUCAAAUGCAAAAAAAAUUGAACAAAACGCCCAAAAUUCAAUGAGUGUAGAGAGACGAUCUUUUGUCGUACUUGCGUUGCGCGUUGUAUGGAGUCAUCCGUGCUAUUUUUGGGUAUUUACAAUUAGGUAGUAACAAAGAAACCCAGAUUUCUGAUAUUUAGAAAAAGACCAGAAGACAACACAAGGGUUAUACACUGCUCUGGAACAAAUGUGGACAUCACUAUACAGAAAGGGGAGUUUGUUCUGAACAUUUUGAUAUAUAACCCAUUGUGAUCAGGUUAUAUGAACACACCAAAAAAAAAAAAAAAGGAGAAU